GGUAUUUCUGCUGCUGAAUGUGUGGCUGCUCGCCUCUCUGAUUGGCCGGGUGGAACUGGACUGACCGGUUGUGUUACCUGCUCCCUGUAGUACACACUCUGAACGGAUAGUGUCCCUGUAGCAGUGCCCCACUGAGCCGUGCACAUGGAUUGAUCAGUCUGACACCCUGGGAAUACAGGAAAAAAAUACCGCUGCAUCACCUUUGUUGCAAAAAGUGAAAACUUGGAUUUAUUAGGUCAAGCAACCACGGAAUACACAGCGUUUUCCUGCAGCGAUAUGGAGCAGGAUAGCAGACUGGGAGGUGCCCAUGUACCCAUCGCUGCCCCUGAGAACUCCCAUGCACAGCAGGAAACAAUGGAUAAUCCUGGUGAGACGUGGAGACCAGCAGAGCCUGUCUGCUCUUUAAAUGCCACCCAGCUCUGUGAGUGGGUAGAGGGUGCAGUGUCUGCAGGUCAACAGGUGCUUGUGGGAAGGGGCAACCCCUUGGAUUCAUGGCUGCCCACAGACCCCAGCAUAGAGCAUGCCAAAAAAGAACUUAAAGACACAGAACUCCCAUUGAGCCUUAAUGCAGAGCCUGAGGAGCAUGAGGCUCUGGUUGAGGUGCCCUACCCUACAGAAGUCCAGGAUGGAGCAAGCUUGUCCGCUCCAAGGGACACUGCUGACCAUGAGACCAAAGAGGAUCGGAGGGGAACUGAGAACUUGGGGGGAGAACUGGCUAGCUCAUAUGGGCCCCAGCAAGAACUGGGUGUGACUGAAGCUGAAGGGCAGGUUGAGGAACCCACAGAGUGUUCUGUUCUGCUGGAGGAGAACUUGGAGCAGGAAUGUCCCAUAUGCACAGAACCCUAUGAUGGGACCAGCCACAAGCAGUCCUUCCUCAACUGCAACCACACCUUCUGCAACAACUGCAUCAAGACCAUCAUGGAGAAGGCCAACCGGGCCGAGCUCGGCCGAGUCAUGUGCCCAAUGUGUAGGCAGAGGACUCCCAUGAUGCAAUGGGAGAUCCUUAAGAUGCAGGAGCAGAUGAUGGACAAUGUAACCCCCCAGAUCCAGCAAUUCGAAGUGGCCCCGGAACGGCCAACCAGGAGACCCGGCCUAUGUGGGGCCUUGGAGUACAGAUUUCAGAAGCGCUUCUACACCACCCGGAUGUUUCCAUUCGCCCCCUGUUGUCGGUACCCAAUCAAGUGCAUUAAUGGACUGCGCAAACUGGAGCAGAGGAACCGCUGCCUCUACCGCUGUGUUUUGGGCCUCCUCUUCCUCAUGGAGAUCAUGAGCUUCUUUGUCAUUUUCCUGCCCAUUAUCAUCCUCAUCUUGGUCAUUGUGUUUACUAGAUAAUCUAGGCGGGGGGCUCCUUCACCCCCUGACUCUUAAACUUUUAUACACCCCCCCCCUUCCCAAAUAUCCUGGUUUUCUGUUAUAAAACCAACACAUCUCAG